AUGAGGGAGACGAGUGCCGUGUUGGAAAAGCCACUCCGUGCCGUCUGUGAUGCUAGUGGGACUGACCCUGCUAAGACUUUAACCACUGUCCUUGCCAAGUUCGAUGCCCACUUUGCUCCAAGGAAGACAACGCUGAUUGACAGGUACAAAUUCCACAAGUGUCUGCAGCUGAGUGGAGAAACUUUGGAAGCAUUCAUAACAAGGCUCAGAGUUUUGGCAAAAGACUGUGAUUUCAAGAUUGAAAAGGACGACCUACUGCGAGACCAGCUGGUGUUUGGCUGCCGAGACGAUGCACUCCGGGAGAAGUUUUUCCGAGAAGAAGACCUAACCCUACAACAAGCAGAGAAGAUCGCCGCAGCACAUCAAGCAUCACAGAAGCAGAUGUCGAUCUACAAGGAUGGCGCGCAAGAGCCUGUUCACAGAGUCUCACACAAGCCAACCAACAAGCCCAAUCAAGUGAAACAAGCUGCAAAGCCUGAGACUUCACCUACACCCAAGCAACUGAAACCCUGCAAAUUCUGUGGCACCAAGCACCCGUUUGAAAAAUUUACGGUCCAGGAAAAUGUACUUGUGUGUGUGUGUGUGUGUGUGUGUGUGUGUGUGUGUGUGUGUGUGUGUGUGUGGCACGGUGCUGCCCCCUGGUUGUCUGGAGGGCACGGUGCUGCCCCCUGGUUGUCUGGAGGGCUUGGUGCUGCCCCCUGCUUGUCUGGAGGGCCCGGUGCUGCCUCUGCUUGUCUGGAUGGCACGGUGCUGCCCCCUGCUUGUCUGGAGGGCACGGUGCUGCCCCCUGGUUGUCUGGAGGGCACGGUGUUGCCCCCUGCUUGUCUGCAGGGCACGGUGCUGCCCCCUGGUUGUCUGGAGGGCACGGUGCUGCCCCCUGCUUGUCUGGAGGGCACGGUGCUGCCCCCUGCUUGUCUGGAGGGCACGGUGCUGCCCCCUGCUUGUCUGGAGGGCACGGUGCUGCCCCCUGCUUGUCUGGAGGGCACGGUGCUGCCCCCUGGUUGUCUGGAGGGCACGGUGCUGCCCCCUGCUUGUCUGGAGGGCACGGUGCUGCCCCCUGCUUGUCUGGAGGGCACGGUGCUGCCCCCUGGUUGUCUGGAGGGCACGGUGCUGCCCCCUGCUUGUCUGGAGGGCACGGUGCUGCCCCAUGCUUGUCUGGAGGGCACGGUGCUGCCCCCUGCUUGGCUGGAGGGCACUGUGCUGCCGCCUGGUUGCCCUCAUCCUGCAGUGCUUACCCCUGCGUGGCGUGCUGGCCUGGGUGCAGCAGCGGCCGUGGCCUCGUGCGUCGGGAGCAGGGUCUCACGCACGACCUCAGCCCUCUGUAAUUCCUGAGGGUGUGCCCAUGGGUGCUCGCCUCGGUGUGAGGUAAGCAUCAUCAUCGGAGUCUAAGUUUUCGGCCUCGUGGCUGGGUCGGUGCCCUGAGGGUGUGCCCGGGGGGCCUCGCCUCGGUGUGAGGUAAGCAUCAUCAUCGGAGUCUAAGUUUUCGGCCUUGUCGCUGGGUGGAUGCUCGGAGAUAUUCUCGUAGAUUGGAGGCUCGGAGACAUUCUCGUAGAUUGGAGGCCCGGGGAUCUCCUCGUAGAUUGGAGGCUCGGGGAUCUGCU